UGAUCACAUGUAAACAGGGAAAUGCCGGUUAUCGGCAUUUCUCUCCUCUCAAGCUGGCACUGAUGAUCAGUGUGCCCUGAUGAUCAGUGUAGCCCCAGCAGUGCCACCUGUCAGUGUCCAUCAGUGCCUUAUGUCAGUGCCUCGUGCCAGUGCCACAACAGUGCCACAUAUCAAUGCACAUCAAUGCCACAUAUCAGUGCCUAUCUGAGCUGCCUUUCAGUGUCACCCAUCAGUGCCAGUCAGUGCCACCUAUCAAUGCCAAUGCCAAUCAGUGCCAGUCAGUGCCGCCUAUCAGUGCUGCCUAUCAGUGC